AUGUCUUCUGCCGCGCUGGCCGCUGCCCGGGCGCCGGCUCUGCUCCGGAGCGGCGCCCGACUCCCGCGAACGCUCCCGACUCGUCUCUUCACCACAGCCGCUCUGCGGACGCAGGCCAGGGCUUCAUUGCCGGCCAAGGCUCCCAAGAGGCUGGGCACGAUCUCCGUCUUCCGACCGUACUCCUCGACCACUCAGGCGGCGCCCAACCCCAAGGCCUAUCUCGACAGCGGCGUCAUCAAGCCCAAGGUCAACGUCGAUGUCAAGAAGGUCCUGGUUAUUGGCAGUGGUGGUCUGGCGAUUGGACAGGCCGGUGAAUUCGACUACUCAGGUGCACAAGCUCUGAAGGCCCUCAAAGAGGCCGGCGUCGCGUCCGUCCUCAUCAACCCCAACAUUGCCACUAUCCAAACCAACCAUUCCCUUGCGGACGAGGUGUAUUAUCUGCCCGUCACCCCCGAAUAUGUCAGCUAUGUCAUCGAGCGUGAACGUCCCGAUGGAAUCUAUCUGAGCGGCCAGACUGCUCUCAACCUGGGUGUCCAGAUGCAGCGACUCGGCCUCUUUGAGAAGUACGGCGUCAAGGUCCUCGGAACCAGCGUGAGAACCCUCGAGGUCAGCGAGGAUCGAGAUCUUUUCGCAAAGGCUCUUGAGGAGAUCAACAUUCCCAUCGCCAAGUCAAUUGCUGUCAACACCGUGGAUGAGGCGCUCGAUGCUGCCUCAAAAAUCGGAUAUCCCAUCAUUGUCCGCGCUGCCUAUGCCCUGGGUGGUCUGGGUUCGGGCUUUGCCAACAACGAGGAGGAGCUUCGCAACAUGGCCGCUCGAUCUCUCACUCUUUCUCCUCAGAUCCUGGUCGAGAAGUCCCUCAAGGGCUGGAAGGAAGUGGAGUAUGAGGUUGUCCGAGACGCCAACAACAACUGCAUCACCGUCUGCAACAUGGAGAACUUUGACCCCCUGGGCAUCCAUACCGGUGAUUCAAUUGUCGUCGCGCCUUCCCAGACUCUUUCGGACGAAGAGUAUCACAUGCUUCGUACAGCCGCCAUUAAGAUCGUCCGCCAUCUGGGAGUUGUUGGGGAGUGCAAUGUUCAAUAUGCCUUGCAGCCAGAUGGUCUGGAUUACAGGGUUAUCGAAGUCAACGCCCGUCUUUCUCGAUCUUCUGCCCUUGCUUCUAAGGCUACCGGAUAUCCUCUUGCUUACACCGCGGCCAAGAUCGGCUUGGGACACAGCUUGCCCGAGCUUCCCAACGCUGUGACCAAGACCACCACUGCCAACUUUGAGCCCUCGCUGGACUACAUUGUCACCAAGAUUCCCCGAUGGGAUCUCUCCAAAUUCCAGCACGUGAAGCGAGACAUUGGAAGCGCCAUGAAAUCGGUGGGAGAAGUGAUGGCCAUCGGACGAACUUUUGAAGAGUCUUUCCAGAAGGCCAUCCGGCAGGUUGACCCCAAGUUUGUCGGCUUCCAGGGCGACAAGUUCGAGGACCUCGAUUAUGAGCUCCAAAACCCCACCGAUCGUCGAUGGCUCGCUGUCGGACAGGCCAUGCUGCACGAGAACUACUCUGUUGACAAGGUGCACGAGUUGACCAAGAUUGACAAGUGGUUCCUGUACAAGCUCCAGAACCUUGUUGACUGCACCCGCGAGCUCGAAGCUGCUGGUAGCCUCGAUGCGCUGCAGAAGGAGCAGAUCUUGAAGGCGAAGAAGAUGGGCUUCUCUGACAAGCAAAUCGCGAACGCUGUCAACAGCACUGAGGAUGAAGUCCGAGCCCGUCGUCGCAGCUUCAACAUUCACCCUUGGGUCAAGAAGAUUGAUACCCUGGCUGCGGAAUUCCCUGCUGACACCAACUAUCUUUACACUACUUACAACGGCUCCUCUCACGACGUCACCUUCGAUGAUAAGGGCACUAUUAUUCUCGGCAGUGGUGUCUACCGUAUCGGCAGCUCCGUCGAGUUUGAUUGGUGCGCUGUUGGCGCUACUCAGGCCCUGCGAAAGCUUGGAGAGAAGACCAUCAUGAUCAAUUAUAACCCGGAAACGAUGAGCACCGAUUACGACAGUGCUGAUAGACUCUAUUUCGAUGAGUUGAGCUAUGAGCGUGUCAUGGAUAUUUACGAGCUGGAGGCGGCCCAAGGUGUGGUGGUGUCUGUAGGAGGCCAGCUCCCCCAGAACAUCGCACUGCGCCUGCAGGAAGCUGGCGGCGCUAAAGUUUUGGGAACCGAUCCCAAGGACAUUGACAAGGCUGAGGACCGCCAAAAGUUCUCUGAGAUCCUCGACAGCAUCGGCGUUGAUCAGCCUGCGUGGAAGGAACUCACCUCUGUUGAAGAGGCUGCGCAGUUCGCCGAGCAGGUGGGCUACCCCGUUCUGGUUCGUCCCAGUUACGUCCUGUCUGGAGCUGCCAUGACCGUCAUCCGCAGCAAGGAGGACCUCAAGGAGAAGCUUGAGGCUGCAGCCGAUGUCUCUCCCGACCACCCCGUUGUCAUAACCAAGUUUAUCGAGGGCGCGCAGGAGAUUGAUGUCGAUGGCGUUGCCUCUCAGGGUAACCUGAUCCUUCACGCCGUCAGUGAACACGUUGAACAGGCUGGUGUCCAUUCUGGUGACGCUACCCUGGUCCUGCCCCCCGUCAACCUUGAUGCCAGCACCAUGGAACGCCUCAAGGAGAUUGCUCAGAAGGUCGCCAAGGCAUGGAAGAUCACCGGUCCUUUCAACAUGCAGAUCAUCAAGGCCGACAACCCCGAGGGUGGUGAGCCGCUGCUCAAGGUCAUCGAGUGCAACCUCCGUGCUUCCCGAUCCUUCCCCUUCGUCAGCAAGGUUCUUGGCACCAACUUCAUCGACGUCGCCACCAAGGCUCUCGUUGGCAAGGAUGUCCCUGAGCCUACCGAUGUCAUGACUGUCAAGCGUGACUACGUUGCCACCAAGGUUCCUCAAUUCUCAUGGACUCGACUCGCUGGCGCGGAUCCCUUCCUGGGCGUUGAGAUGGCUUCUACUGGUGAGAUUGCUUGCUUUGGCAAGGACCUCGUUGACGCCUACUGGACUUCCCUGCAGUCCACCAUGAACUUCCGCGUUCCUGAGCCUGGCGAGGGUCUGCUGUUUGGUGGUGAGCUCAACAAGCCUUGGUUGACCCAGGUCGUCGACUACCUGGCCCCUCUCGGCUACACCCUGUACGCCGCCAGCAACGACGUCAAGAAGUUCAUUGAGUCCAGCUCAAAACACAACGUCAAGGUUGAGGUGAUUGAGUUCCCUACCGACGACAAGCGUGCCCUCCGCGAGGUGUUCAAGAAGUACGACAUCCGCGGCGUCUUCAACCUCGCUCUUGCCCGCGGCAAGACCACACAGGACGUCGACUACGUGAUGCGCCGAAAUGCCGUCGACUUUGGCGUGCCCCUCUUCAUGGAGCCCCAGACCGCCAUCCUGUUCGCUCAGUGCAUGAGCGAGAAGCUCCCUCGCCCCGAGGGCAUCCCCUCGGAGGUCCGGGCAUGGUCUGAGUUCAUUGGCGGCAAGCCUCUGUAA